CAAAUCAUAGAGUGUCGUUCUUCAAGCUGGAUGUGAAUUAUAAUCGACCAGACUCGAUGUUAAUAAUGACAAUUUUCUUUGCUGCUAUAAUGGCUAUUGUGAUAUCGGAAAAUACUGUUUUAGCUGCGCAGCGCGAAUCAGUGAAGCAGAAGAAUUCCAAUAACCUGAGCAAUAAUGCAAAUGCUAUUCCGACCGGAAUCGGAGGCGUCAUCAGUAGCGGCACUGGUGCUGUCAACGGAAAUGCUGUCAGCGGUGGUAAUGCCAAUCCAAAAAGACACAGCAACGAUGUUAACAAUGGAAAUCCCGUCAACAAUGCAUCGGCCCCCAGCAAUGGAAAUUUAGCGACGGCCGACGGCGCGGAGAACUACAUCACGAUGGCAACAAUCACCACUACUUGCCCCACCGUCGCUACAGCAAUGGUGUCAAGCAGCAGCCCAGUACCCAGCAGCAGUGUGCAGAAAAACAGCGGCGCCUUUCCUUCGGGCACUUCUGUGGUAAGUCGCAAUACGAUUGAAGUGACCGAGGAUGCUCGAAAUGGACCGUAUUUCGACAAAGCCGCAUCAAAAAAUGUGACAGCCUUGCUUGGAAAGACGGCAUAUUUAAACUGCCGGGUAAAAAAUCUGGGCAACAAAACGAUGCUUUUGCAAGUCUCUUGGGUGCGGCAUAGAGACAUCCAUUUGCUAACUGUGGGACGGUAUACAUAUACAUCUGAUCAGCGCUUCCGUGCAAUACAUCAACCACAAACCGAAGACUGGAUAUUGCAAAUAAAAUACCCCCAACACCGAGAUUCUGGCAUAUACGAGUGUCAAGUAUCGACCACUCCGCACAUGAGUCAUUACAUUCACCUAAAUGUUGUUGAACCGUCAACGGAGAUAAUCGGUGCGCCGGAUUUGUACAUUGAGAGUGGUUCAACAAUAAACUUGACCUGCGUCAUUUUGAAUUCACCGGAACCUCCUGCUUAUAUAUUUUGGAAUCACAACAACGCUAUAAUUAACUACGACUCUCCACGGGGUGGCGUUUCGGUUGUAACCAAUAAAGGAGAGACUACGACUUCGUUUCUUCUCAUAAAAACGGCGCGGCCCUCGGAUUCCGGACACUACCAGUGCAAUCCAUCAAAUGCGAAACCUAAGAGUGUAACAGUUCAUGUAUUAAAUGGGGAGUUCCCAGCAGCAAUGCAGCGCGCGGGACUAGUGCAUCAUCGAAUGUCCCAAGGCCAUUAUCUCCUAGUGUACCUGUCAAUGUACUUGUGCACCUUAGCGUAUGUCAGGUGGUAUAUGCAGCUAUUGGUAGCACCUGUCAACAAACAAGCAAAAAUAUGAGGCAUUUAGUUGCGCGUGCUUUGAGCGUACUCGUGUUGCUGGCAACCGAGCUUUUUGGCAAGCGACAAGCGAUUCGACGAAAGUGCGGCACAUAUACC